AUGAGCUCGCAUUCAACAUUGAAAUCCACAGCGGAAGUGCGGUUCCAGACACACGCGCACUUGACGCACGGGAGGCGGUGGUGCUGGCGCCUCAGAGACACCUUGAGACAGACACGACUCACGCGUGGAGCUAGAUCACGCAUCUUCUCCUGCAGACAUGAGACGGGGAGGCUGAGCGCAUCCCCUGCAGCAGCUGAGCGCUCUGAGCCGAGAGAGAAAGAAGAGAGAGAAGAGAAGAGGGAGAAGGGAAGGAUGAAGAAGCACCACAGCCCCAGCAAAGUGCCCCUGCAGCGGCCGUCCUCUCCAGCCGUGCUCCCGGCGCCCAGCUCUGGAGACAUUACGGUCCAACAACUCAACGAGCUGGUGUCGGACCCAAGCGGGUUCUACAGCCUCCCCACGCAGCACUUCAAUGAGGUCUACCCGCGCAUCUUCAUUGGAAACGCGUGA